UUUUAAAUGCUGCAGCAGCAAAUAAUAAUUCUGUUAAUAAUACACAACAAAUUCAUCAAACUGUGGGUCGAAGUAGCACCUAUAAUUGCAUCAGUUGCCAAUAUACCUUUUUUGGAACAAGCAUUUUCACCUCCAAUUUCUCAACAAAAAUCUGAAGGAAAUUCUGCUACUUAUUCUUUACCACCAUCAACAUCAACACCAAUUUCCUCAACCCCAAUUAAUUUACAACAACAAAACCAAACAACUUGUUUACCAUCAACCUCAGAAUCUCUUAAUAAAAACGAAAAUGUUAUUGCUUCAAUGGCUGCUCGUUGUUCGUCAAUACUUUCCUCAACAGAUUAUUCUUCCCCAACUCCAAGUGCUUCUUUUGAUAAAAAUACAUCGUCCACAAUUACAACUUCAACAACAACAACAAAUAUUCCUUCAAUAAAUAGUUCGGGUAGUGGUGCUAGUAGAAGGAGAAUAACAACAGAACGUUCUUUGCCUUUAGCUAGCGAUAUGGCAAAAAAUAGGGAAUUUUAUAGAACUCAUGAUGUUAGGCCGCCUUAUACUUAUGCAUCGUUGAUUAGGCAAGCAAUAAUGGAAUCAAAAGAUUGUCAGCUGACACUGAAUGAAAUUUAUCAAUGGUUCCAAGAAGCUUUUGUUUACUUUCGAAGGAAUGCUGCUACUUGGAAAAAUGCUGUUAGGCAUAAUUUGUCUCUUCAUAAAUGUUUUACUCGUGUUGAACAGAAUGUUAAAGGAGCUGUUUGGACUGUUGAUGACAGCGAGUUCUAUAAACGACGGCCACAACGAAGCUCUUCCUCGCGUAGCGCUCCAAAGCAUUCUUCCUCCAAUGUGCGGUCUACAACUGCCGGUCUUCGAAGUGUUGCUAGUACAAGUCAUUUCAACACAUCUUUGGGUGGUCAUCAAUCCGGAAAUUAUUUGUUCUGUCAAGGAAAGGAAGGUGAGGGGGAUGAUCAAAUUGACAACACGACAAUGUUGUCACAACAAAUAAAGCAUGAAAUGAUGGAAAGUUGUGCGAGUACCCCUGCUAGGUUAAUCCACAGCACGUCAACUACUUUAAAAGAGGAGAGUGAGGGUGAAGGAGGGGAAGGACAUCGAAAUUUGCUUCUUUCAUUUGGUGGUGCUCCUUUCUCUUCUACAGGCACGACAAGUCCACUUUCUGCUAUAGACUUUCCAAUGCAUGAGGAGGAAGAGGAGGGGGAGGAAGAUUAUGAAGAAAAUGGGGAAUUAAUUAUAGAUGAAGAUGAACGGCCUCCUCGUCCACUUUCUGCUCCUGAAAGUGAAGUUGAUGUUAUGGGGGAAGAAGAGCAGCAUUAUUUAUUAGAAGAAAAAGAAGAGAAAAAUAUUAAAAUAGAGGAAGAAUUAAGAGAAGAAGAAUUAAAACAACCAAAAAAAGAAGUCAAUUUAAUUAAUGAUAAUCAUUCAAAUGGUUAUGAUCCUUUAAGGUUGUUAAGUUCGGCAGCGGCAGCUGAACAUGAACAAAUACGAAAAAUGAGCCAAUAA